AUGCAGGACCAGCGAUCUCGGAACAUAUUUGACCUGAAGCCGACUCCAACGAACUUUUGCCCUCCGGACCUGGCAACCAAGGCCAUGAGCAGCGUGCCUGCCAAGAUGUUGUCCUUUACCGCCGAAUUCGAAGAGGACUUGGCGCAUGAGCAGCUGAAGAAAACUCAGCAGUGUAAGGAAGGUGUUGCGUGGAAGUCAGCUGGAAGAGUGCUUGCUAUGCCGAUUGCGGCUGAUGGCAUAACCAUGGCGGACAUAACGAAGAUUGUGUCUCGAGCACCAAAUUCCUUUUUCAUGUGGGUGCCUUGGAUACUUGUCCUCAUUGCGGUGAUCCUUCUGCUGCUGUUCUUCACCACGCAUACGCAGGGCGAGUUCGGCAGCAACGUUUUGGUGAAAGGACAGUGGUUCAUGAAGAUGGACAGGGGCCGCGUGAACAAGGUGAUCUACCACAGCGUGGAGAUCAACCUGAAAACCGGCUUCGCGAGUGUCCAGCUGUUCGUUCUGGCAGUAAUCCGCGUGAUCCUCAUGGAGAUGAUCAACCGCAAGGUGAGGGAGAUGAGUGGAGUGAAGUUCCUCUUGAAGAAGUCUACGGACCAGAGGCACCAAAAGAAGUGCGGUUAUUCCUACUCGCAGGGGUUACUCGACUGGGAGUUGCGCAAGCAGCUUUCGACUGAGUACCAUUUCGCGACAAAGUCUGAGUUCCUGGAAGCCUGUAUGAGCUACCAGGAGGAAGCCAAACUGACGAUGGAUCAAGUCAUGGUGGACGCGAAGAAGCUCAAGACGCUGAUCAAGGUUGGCUGCAAGUGGCAGCCCAAAGCAAUCGAAGCGAAGGUAGGACCGGUGAGAGAAGCCGAGCGAGGCGUGAUCUCGCAAGAGCUCCAAGAUAGUCUCGAGGCUUCGAUGGAUAAAUCCCAGGAGGACAUGCAGGCAUUUAUUGAUCAGCAGCUGGAGCAGCUGGAGGAGCUGAAGCAAGAAAAGCUGAACUUGGAUACGGCAAGGGAGCAGUUUGACAGGUCUCGCAAGCACCUCGAUGAUGCCGAUGCAGCCUGGACGGCCACUUGCUUUGCCCUGGCAACAGAAUUCCUUGGCUUCACCAGACAGAUCAUGGACAGCCUCGAGCGUCUUGUGGCCAACGAUUUGCCACCUGAAGAGGCUGCAGAGCUGAAGCUCUUUCGCAUGGUAAACGUGUGCGUUCGCAAGCGAGCAGAAGGAGGUGAGACGUCUUCACUUGCGCUCGAUCUGUUGAAGCAAGUCAUGGCAGCCAUGAAGACAGGCAAAAGGCCGCCGAAGAUGCCAAGAGAAUGGGCGGACGACGCAGACAGCGAAGACGCCGCAGAGGAGGUGCGGGAGCAGUCUGACAAGCUUUGGGACCUGAUGCGAGCGCAGGCAGACGUUGCUGUCAAAAACAACCACUGGACUAAGCGCGCUCCGCCUCUGUUCUUCCUGGUUUUUGCACUCCCAUUGCCGCUCUACUACGUCGUUGACUGGUUGUGGAGAAAAUGGCGAGCACACAAACCUGAGCCGGCGACCGAUGCGAAGAAGGAGAAGCCUUCACCAAAGGAAACCAAGAAGCAAAAGUGA